AUGAGUAAAUUUUUGUGUGAUGAACGUGUUGAGUGGAGUUUCAUUCCACCAAGAGUACCAAAUCAUGGAGGCCUCUGGGAGGCUGGAGUCAAGGCCGUCAAAUAUCAUAUAAAGCGAAUUAUGGGCAAUUUAAAAUUCACUUAUGAAGAAUUUUUAACGAUUCUUAACCAGAUUGAGGGAAUUCUCAACUCACGUCCCCUCUACCCUUUAUCAUGUGACCCUAACGAUUUUGAUGUUUUGACUCCUGGUCAUUUCCUUGUUGGUCGUCCGAUUUCAGCAAUUGUUGAACCAAGUUUAACUGAACUGCCUGAUAACAGGUUAAAGCUUUUUGCCUACAUUGCUGUCAACUUCAACUCAGCCGUGGACGUCUGGUAUGCAGGACGGCUCUGUGGGAUAUAUUUAGCCCCAGGCGAUGGCAACACGCAUGAGACUGACGUGAUGGCUCUCGCUUUUCCUCGCUAA